UUCCAUCUUUGCAGCUUUGCGCUCUAACGGCGCCGGCCCGCUGAAGGCCUUCCCGCUUCGCCAGCAGCAGCAGCAGCAGCAACGCGCACUGGGGGGCACCGCCAGCAGCAGCAGCAGCAGCAGCAGCAGCACGGCGACGCAGUUUACAGCUGCCUCCACUUCAACUUUUGCAAAACAACUGAUAAUGUCGGAGGAACUGGUGGGGUGUAUCUGCAGCUCUUUGGCGGGCCUCAUGGGGGCAGUCAGAGAAGCUGUUGCUGCUGCGAACACUUUGGGGGCCCCCACGGAUGUGCUGCCUUCGGGGGGAGAUGCAGCAGCAGCAGCAGCAGCAGCACCUGGCGGCGACGGCGGCGAGCAGCAAACUGCGGGGGGUCUCUCGCCCACGCAUGUUGCUUCCCUCAUUCUCAUUGUGCUCGCCAUCUUCUUUUCUGCUUUCAGAAGUUCUCCAUCGCUGCCUGCAAAGGCCUCGAGGGAAUCCCAGGGCCCCAACGGCGGCGGCAACGACGGGUCUCCUGUUGCGUGA